CGGAGUUUAAUCACAGCGCGCCCGUGCAGGACUCAGUGCGUGUGUGCAUGCGCGCGUGUGUUUACACUGUCUGCAGACGGUGGGAUUUGUGCUGAAUGUAGGCCAGCAGAAUCCCUCUUACGUCAAAGGCAGGCAGGCAGAUGCAGGGAGAGAGCUGCUGCAGACGCUGCUGCUGCUGCUGCUGCUGGUGGUAGUUUGUGAGUGCAGCUGUGGCCAUGGAGGAGGAGGAGGCUGUGGCGCACAUCAGUCCGCCAGAGCAGCGCCGGCGGUGAACAGGGAGAGGACGCAGAAAGAGAGAGAGUGAUAGAGAGAGCGCCCAACGAUGAAGACCGUCCUCAGCCUACACAGGAAAUGGGCCCACGCGGUCAAGACCAUACGUAUCCUGCAGGGAAUCAACCCGGUCAUGGAGGAGACCGUGUGGGAGCAGUACACCGUGACCCUGCAGAGGGAUCCAAAGAUGGGCUUUGGCAUCGCAGUGUCAGGGGGGCGAGACAACCCCAACGACGAAAGUGGUGAGACGUCCAUCGUGGUGUCUGACGUCCUGCAAGGAGGACCUGCUGAUGGCUUGUUGUUUGAGAAUGAUCGAGUGGUGCAGGUAAACGCCAUCCCCAUGGAUGGAGCCAUCCACUCCUUCGCUGUGAACACCCUCAGGAAGUGUGGCAAAGUAGCCAAAAUAACAGUCAAGAGGCCCAGGAAGGUUCCAGUAAAUCUUCUGAAUGGUCCCCCGUCACCCGAUGACAGAGUCUUCAACAACGACUACAAUGAUGACUACAACUACGAUCAGGACCGCCGCAGCGUGUACAGCGCCCGCAGUGGGGGGCGCGAUCACAGCCCGGACAGGGACCGAGGAGGCAGAGGCUACAUGGAUUCUGGCUACCACACACGAGAGCGCGACUAUGACCGAGACUACGACCGGCGGGAGCGUGGCAGGAGUGCAGAGAGAGAACUGAGCCCGGACCGGCAGCCCAGGAGAGACGGCAGCAGGGGUCGCAUGCUGGAUAAAGAACGCAGCCCGGAUCGCCGCUACAGGAGCGACCACAUGCUGGAUCGCGACUACAGUCCAGACAGAAGGUACCGCAGCGAGCGAGCAUUGGAUCGAGACCCCAGUCCCGACCGGCGCUACCGCAGCGAGCGAACCCUCGACCGCGAGUACAGCCCUGACCGGCGCUUCCGCAGCGAGCGAGCGCUGGACCGCCACCAAAGCCCGGCACGCAGCCACGGGCGCGACCACAGCUACGAACGGGGGCGGGAACGCCUCCCCAGUGACCCGAGGAAGUACGACGAGCCGAUGAAACGGAGCGGAAGCAGGGACCGCCUGGACCGCUCGCCAUCACCCGUCGCCAUGCCCAUCCCUAUGCCACGCCCCAUCCGGGACCACGAGCCACUGGAGAAACCUAUGAACGUCCUGCUGCUCAAGAACCAGCCCAACGAAGAGUACGGCCUUCGUCUGGGCAGCCAGCUCUUCAUCAAAGAGAUGACUAGCACUGGACUCGCCAGCAGAGAUGGAAACCUGCAGGAAGGAGACAUAAUACUGAAGAUUAACGGCACGGUGACAGAAAACCUGUCACUCAGCGACGCGGGGAAACUAAUCGAAAAGUCCCGCGGGAAGCUGCAGCUGGUGGUGCAGAGAGACAAACAGCAGGUGUUGAUCCGUGUCCCCCCGAUGGUGGACAGCGACUCAGAGCUCGAUGAUAUCUCUGAGAUCGAGUCGUACCGCUCCUACUCUCCGCAGGACGACAGGCGGGCCCACCACUCCGACCUCUCCUCCCACUCCUCCAACGAGAGGCUCAGAGAGAAGCCCAGAGAUGAUCCGCCUAACAGGUUGGCAAAAAUGGGCGCCAUGCCAACACCAUUCAGAGGUUCAGAGAGAGCGGUGGAAGACUUGCCCCCGCUGCAGUCAGAGAAGGAGGAGCCACGAGCAGAAACACCACCCGCACCAGCAAUCGCUGUGGGCCCAAAGUUUCACGUUCCUCCAAAGGUUCCUCUAAAGCCAAGUAUACAUGACCAAGAAGUAUACGGGCCGAACACGGUGAUGGUGCGUUUCCAGAAAGGUGACAGCGUGGGUUUGAGGCUGGCUGGAGGAAACGAUGUGGGCAUCUUCAUCGCUGGUGUUCAGGAGGACAGUGCAGCUGAGCAGGAGGGUCUACACACAGGAGAUCAGAUCAUGAAGGUGAAUAACAUGGACUUCAGAGGUAUGGUGCGUGAGGAUGCGGUUCUCUACCUCCUGGAGAUUCCCAAAGGAGAAGAUGUAACCAUUCUCGCUCAGAGCAAACCUGAAGUGUACAAAGACAUUUUAGCAUCUGGCAGAGGCGACUCUUUCUUCAUCAGGACCCACUUUGAGUAUGAGAAGGAAGCACCUCAGAGCCUUCCUUUCACCAGAGGAGAGAUCUUCAAAGUGACAGACACUCUUUACGACGGCAAGCUGGGCAACUGGCUGGCAAUCCGUACCGACAAAGAGAACCAGCUGCUGGAGAAAGGAAUCAUCCCCAACAAGAGCAGAGCAGAACAAAUGUCCAAUGUCCAGAACGCUGCCCGGGCCGCAUCGGGCAACGACAGAGGAGACUUCUGGAGGCUGAGAGGUCAAAGGGCGGCAAAGAAGAAAGAUCUCCGCAAGAGCCGAGAGGACCUGUCAGCCGCUCCGGUCACCACGCGAUUCCCAGCCUACGAGAGGGUGGUGCUACGUGAAGCUGGUUUCAAGAGACCCGUGGUGAUCUUUGGGCCCAUUUCUGACAUAGUGAAUGAGAAACUGGCCAACGAUAUGCCAGACGACUUUGUCGUCGCCAAAACGGAGCCCAAGGAUGCAGGAACCGAGAAAUCCUCUGGAGUGGUGAGACUAAACACCAUUCGACAAAUCAUUGAACAGGACCGCCAUGCCUUGUUGGACGUGACCCCCAAAGCCGUGGACACCCUGAACUACACCCAGUGGUACCCCAUCGUCGUUUUCAUGAACCCAGACAGCAAGCAAGGCGUCAAGACCAUGAGGAACCGCCUGGCGCCCGGAUCCAGCCGCAGCGCUCGCAAGCUGUACGAGCAGUCCGUCAAACUGAGGAAGACGUGCACGCACCUUUUCACUUCAUCCAUCGACCUGAACUCAGCCCAUGACGCGUGGUACGGCAGCGUGAAAGAUUCGAUCCGGGAACAGCAGGACAGAUCUGUGUGGGUGUGUGAGGGCAAGCUCGACGGCUCAGAGGAGGACCUGGAUCUCCACGACGACCGCAUGUCUUACCUGUCGGCGAUGAGCGCGGACUACCUGAGCAUGGACAGCCGGCUGACCAGCGACUACGAAGACACGGCUGACGAGGGCGGGGCAUACACCGACAACGAGCUGGACGAGACGCUUGAUGAACCUCAGCCUGUGUCGGCCAUCAGUCGAUCCUCAGAGCCAGUGCUGCCAGACGAGAAGCCUCACCCUGAACCCCGGGGUCGUAUGAGGAGGGCAGGCAGCAGAGAGGUGCUGAACAGAGAGCCCAGUCCUCCCCCUCCGUUUGUCCCUGAACCCCCGAAGGUGCGACCUCAUACUCGGACUGACUCAUCACGCAGCUAUGACUCACACUCCAGCAGCACCAUCAGCAGCGACGCGGCGGGCGCCAGCAAACCGCUUCCCCCUCCUGUGGCCCUGAAGCCCACCGUCCGUCUGAACCAGACGGCAGAGGAGCAGAGCCCGAGGAAUGAGGAGGCGGACCCCGCCAACAAGUCCUUCCUGGGCAAGAUUAAAGCCUUUGAGAAGAUGGACCACCUGGCCCGAGCUCAGAGGAUGCUGGAGCUGCAGGAGGCAGAAAAUGCUCGAUUGGAAAUCGCCCAGAAGCAUCCAGACAUCUACGCCGUCCCAGUCAAACUGCCAAAACCCAACCUCAACCGUCCUCAGCCAAUAGGCUCAAGCUCCAAUCCCGAGCCGCAGACUCCCUCCAGGCCACCGUACUCUGAGACGAGAGGACACGAAGACGAAGAGGCAGAGUACCGCCGACAGCUGGCCGACCAGAACAAGAGAGGCUACUACAAUCCCCAAAAAUACAAAGACACUGAGCUGUAGGUUCAAAGUCAGGACAUCAUCACUACACGACCGCUCAAGUCCUUCCACAAUGAUGCAAUGAGGAUUACAGCAUCCGUUGCCCCAGUAACAGGUGAUGCAGCCUCAUCUCGAUAUAAACUCCCAGAAGUUUUUUGCAUGUGCAGUCAGAUUCCUGGAAAGACUCUGAUCUCAGACACUUUUCAACACACGUUUGUACAAAGAGUGUUUGAUCAGCCUGGAGAACACAAUUACACUUUUGUUUUUUGUUUUUUUACCGUCGCACCCGUCCCGAAAAAAAGAAAAAAAAAAAAACAACGGGAGAUUUUUUUUCUCUUGUGCUUUUUUCAGACCUGAUAUUUCACUGUAUAUAUUUGUUUUUUUUUAUGUGUCUGAAGAGGUUUUUGUUACAAGUGAGGUUUGUUUCCUCUCAUUACACUAAAUACGGAGCUCCACUUCCUCUCAUAUCACCAUUAUUUAGUCAGAGUUAAGCAUCUGUUUUUCUGAAAGAUAAAUACCAUGUGAAUAACUAAUAAUCUAAUCACUAAUAAUCCAGAAUCCUCAAAAACUCUUCGAUCUACAGGGAUUCAAAAUGAUUUAGUUUACUACAUGAGGAAAAAAAAGUAGUUGAAGUG